CUGAAUGGAGCUCAGUCUCUUUGCGUCUUGAAAAGGACUUCUCCUUUUGCCAUGUGAAGUAGUCGGCUCAUUUUGUGCAAAACUUUUGAGAACUGGUAAAAAUGGCUGCAGAAGAGAAAUGGAAAGGCUGUGCUUCGAAACAGGAUAAUGUGGCUGAACAGGCAGGUGGAAUGGAACCGUGUGUGCUUCUGGGCCAGCGGCUGGGUGAACCGGGAAGAUUUGCUUAUGCGGCACUUUGUGGGAUAUCCCUGGCGUGGCUGUUCCCUGAAAAAGAGCAAAGCUCCUUCAGGACAGAAUUCAUUGAGGCCUUUGUGAAAUGGCUGGACCUGCCCGAUGAUGUCUUGCCUGCCAUGACAGCAUUUGCUAGUGGCUUAGGAGGUGAGGGCACAGAAACUUUUGCCCAGAUUUUGCUGAAGGAUCCUGUUUUGAAAGAAAAUCCAGUUGUCAUUACCCAAGACCUUCUAUCCUUCUCUCUUAGAGAUGGGUACUAUGAUGCUCGAGCGAGAGUGUUGAUCUGCCACAUCACCUGGCUGCUGAGAAUCCCCUUGGAGGAGCUUGAAGUCCUGGAGGAAUCUCUGCUUGAGAGCCUGAAGGAACAAAAAGAGGAAGAGUCAGAAACUGCAGAAGUAUCAAGAAAAAAGAAGGAAAGAAGAAAAAAGCUGAAGAGGUACCUGCUGAUCGGUUUGGCAACCGUUGGGGGCGGAACAGUGAUCGGCUUGACAGGGGGUCUUGCUGCCCCUCUGGUUGCUGCGGGAGCUGCUACUAUCAUCGGAAGUGCUGGAGCAGCUGCUUUAGGCUCGACUGCUGGAAUUGCUGUCAUGGCAUCCCUUUUCGGAGCUGCUGGCGCUGGCCUUACUGGAUACAAGAUGAAGAAGCGUGUGGGAGCCAUAGAAGAGUUUGAAUUCCUCCCACUCACUGAAGGAAAGCAGCUUCAUAUCACCAUAGCAAUUACUGGAUGGCUGUGCGCUGGCAAAUAUGGGAGCUUCACAGCACCAUGGAGCAGCUUGUUGCAAUCGAGUGAGCAGUAUUGUCUGGCCUGGGAAUCCAAGUACUUGAUGGAGCUUGGCAACGCCUUAGACUCCCUGCUGAACGGUUUUGUGAACAUGAUGGCUCAAGAAGCCCUAAAAUUCACUGUAUUGUCAGGUAUUGUGACGGCCUUGACUUGGCCAACUUCACUCUUGACUGUUGCCAGUGUCAUUGACAACCCUUGGGGAGUGUGUCUGCACCGGUCUGCUGAAGUAGGCAAACACCUAGCACAUAUCCUGCUCAGUCGACAGCAGGGCAAGCGACCUGUCACACUAAUUGGCUUCAGCCUGGGUGCAAGAGUCAUUUACUUCUGCCUGCAGGAAAUGGCUCAAGAAAAAGACUCUCAAGGGAUCAUUGAAGAUGUGGUCUUACUGGGAGCUCCAGUGGAAGGAGAAGCCAAGUACUGGAAAGCUAUCACAAAAGUGGUGUCGGGCAGGAUCAUAAACGGUUAUUGCAGGGGGGACUGGCUGCUGGGCUUUGUAUACAGAACCUCUUCUGUCCAGAUCAACGUUGCAGGCCUCCAGCCCGUCGACUUGGAUGACAGAAGGAUGGUAAACAUGGACCUGUCAUCUGUAGUAAACGGCCACUUGGACUACAUGAAGCAAAUGGAGACGAUCCUAAAAGCUGUGGGCAUUAAAACCAAGGAAUGUCGGCUGGAAGAGAGGGGCACCAGCAGUCUUUUCUCCCCUCCAGCCAAGAAAUCACAGCGGGCAGCAGGCAGUGAGACUCAGGAGGAGGAAAGCACCGUGCGAGAGGAGGCUGCGGCUGAGGCUCUCUGCAGACCUGACCUGCAGAUUAUUUCUCACAAAGUCAAGGUGGUGGCUGUUUCUGGGGGCGGCAGUGUGACCCGGCAGCGCAGUGCAGCAUUGGGUACGGGGCCAGGCUUUUCCUUUCCCCAGUUCCUACCGCCGGGGGGGCUCGGCCCUGCUCAGCUCUGAGCGGAUCGGUGCCUCUCCACAGAGCCACGGGAGAGGUUUUUGGGACAGGCCACGGGCUCCUGCAGCGAUGGGAUGCUUUCCCUGCUCAGCAUCGAUGCCGUUGGUUGCAGUAACGGGCUACGAUUUCUCCACCAUGUCAGAGGAUUAGUCCACAAGCAAACAACCACCUGAUUCCAAAGAACUGGCUCUACGAGAGUAACAUAUUAUUGCUUUUGAACAUUUGGCUUGAAGAAGCUGUCUCUGUCCGUCUCCUGAAGCCUGUGUCUGCUGAUUUGGUCACCUAAUGCAGCGUUUGGACUUCACCGUGUGUUUAUCUACUCCUUUUUAACUGGAGUUGUAGUCAAAGCAUGUUUUUUAUAUAAAGCCAUUUGUGGGAAGAUGUACAUUAUUUAUCUUCAUGCCUGAUACCCAACCCAAGCUGUCUGUCCACAGUUACAUGGCCAAAAUAUAUUGAACGAUGUUGGAACGUGCGCUCUGUCCCCGGUUUGUCACGGUCCUUUAUCACCAGGCCAGCCGUGGGCUGCAAGGGGAUUUGUAGCAAUGAAAUGUCAGGAAACCGAGACAGAUACAUUCCAAAUCGGGUGAGGAAAUUAAAGUCCAAGAAGACGUGAUGUUCUGUGGACUGAAGCAACCCCAAACCUCUCAUCCAUGAGUCACGGGAUGUGGUUUCCACCGGUCCUUUUGGUGUACUCGGUGAGAGAGAGGUGAGAUGCUGAGCUGUGCGAGGGGAAGCUGAAAACCAAGCCUUGGUUUAAGUUUAGGGAGACGUAGGCUGGCGGAAGGGCCUGGAGCCCAAAGUUCAGACUAACCAAAGAUGAAAAGGCCAUGAGAAGCAGCUCUUGGAGAAGGGGGAGGGACUGGUGACAGUGAGCAAAGGAGGGAUGGAGAGAGAGAGAAACAAGGCAGAUUAAUUCAGCAGUAAAAUGUGGCUUUAUGCUGUUUAAACCUACCCGCAGAAGUGCUCGAUGGUGACGUCUUCUCCGAGGAGGUGCCAUUGUGUUUGAAGAUGGUAUCAAGCAGCAAUACGCAGCCAGAGAGACGUCUUGUGGCAAAUCAGCUCCUUGUGGGGGGACUCUGCAAUUUCUGCUAAGGAGCACACGGCUAAGCUGCACAAACACAGACUUGGUUUGCUUGGUUUUCUGAAAGGAGCAUCACUCAUUCCUCAAAUGCCAGCAGCUCCUUGCUGAGGAAUCCUGCUCCCAAAGGCAAGUCCGAGAUCAGAGCUGGGAUGUGACCCAAACAGCAAUCACAGCCCCGGGGGGAACAGCCGAAAUUCCUCUGGAGUCAAUACACAAGUUCACUUCCACAUGCCCGAUUAGAGAGCAAUUUCCUUCUUUCCAAAGAAAAGGUGGUGGCUGUUUUUUUUCCAGCUUUCUAUGCACCUCUACUCGGCAGCAGAGAGGCACACAUUUCUGUCUGCGCUGACAGCUCUGCUUCCCUGGAACCUUUUCUUUUCCUGGAGGGAGGUGUUGGAUACAGAGGUGUUUCUGCAGCGCUGGUCAGAGCAGCCCCAGUGCCAGAUGACGGAUCAUCUCCCAGCAUCUGUCUCGCUGCGAUACCGAGAGGAAGAUGAGUGAGGUAGUGCUCUGCUAAAGCACAGGACCUGGCCUGGAUUCAGGAAAGCACUUAAACAUAUGCUUAAACCCUCUCCUUUCCUGAGCAAGGACGUCUUUAUAAGCAGGGCCCUAGCAGCACGGCCGCUGCUCCGGUUUGCAGAGGGGCCGUAGGCGAGCCGGGGAACCAGGUGCCUCUGUGGAGUCGGAGCAAUUGCAGCUUCACCCCAUUUUUCAGGGCACUCAGGUGCUGGGCACUGCUAUCCCCCACUGACUUCAAGUCCUGAACAGGCCACAUCCACACGGUUGUUUUCCUUCUCCCAAGAAUGCCCUGGAACCCGCAGGGCCACAUUUCUAGUAAGUAACGAGGUUUAUGCCAGUGCCUAGGAAAACAUCUGAUGCAGCUGAGUUUGGGAGGGAGCUGGGGCUGGAAACAGCCUCCUCGCAACCACGGCAUGUUCACUGGCAUAGUUCAAACCAGUCAUGCGAACAGGGCUGCCACUAAAACCAUUCAUCUGACAGCAGCCACAGGGUCGGAGACAAAAGCACCGUGUUCCUUCUCCCCCCGGCUGGGAAGGGAAGGGAAAAAGGAAGACAAGGCACCCGAGCAGGUUUGCAAACUCCCGAUUAAAUAAAGGCAUUGAGCACAUUCCUCCGUGACAAGCUAAAUUACACGUUGCAGCCCCUAAAGGAACAAGUGUGUGCUCCCCGGCGCUGACCCCGGCCCUGGCCUGCAUUUCCCCGCACACAGGGGCUUCUUUCUCUUCUCCGCACCAGGGCACAUUUUUUUUCCUGCUAGUCAAAGCUUUUCAAGCAGAAAGUUCAGCUCAGUUCCGGCAGACCCAUCAGCCCGUGAGGGUCUCCCCCCUCUCCCUCUGCAGGGAACCGUAUGGCAGCUUCCUCCGCCAUCCCUUCAGCACGCAUUUCAGAAAUCAAAUGACUCAGCCUUUGAGCCUGGCACAUCCCGGACUCCGGAGACAAACAACUUCUCAGCACACGCACAGCUGCAGCCUUGUGGUGAGCAGCCCCAGAGCCCUUUUCCAGCCUGUCCCCAUGCCCAAGGAGCUGAGGGGCAAAAUGUCCAAGGCUGAUGGGUCUCAGCUGUACCAGCUCAGCAUCCCUGCGAGGCCUGGAGAGCCUGGCAGGAGUCCGGCCCGUGGCUGAGCCAUCGGUUUUGAGAGCUGGUGGUAGCACGCUCCGAUGUUUUGUGUCACCUAGAAGAGCUCCUUCCUCCCAUCCCGGCAGUGCCGGGGACUCUCAGGAGUCCCGCAAGCAGGACGGUCCCCGCCAACGCCUGGAAGCAGCUGGGAAAAUCUACAUCGUUAUAUCGGCUGGAGGACAAUC